UCACCGCCCCUCCUCAGCCACAUCGUGCUUCUUGUUCCGUGGAGGCUUCAAAUGCAGUUGCUUGCCGUAGUCUUCUCAAGAGAAAUAUGGUUUUCAAACGGGAAAUGUUGACAUGUGGACAGAGAAUCAGAUGAAUAAUAAAGAAGUAAUAAUUAAGGGGAUUAAGGACCCACUGAUACCCACAACGUCCAGUCAUGGCCACCUCAUACGCAGACUUAUGGGGGUGUUCUUGCUAGUAACUGUAGUCUAUCUCCUCCUCCUCUACAUAGAAGAGAACAGUAGAUUCGGAGACAGCCUAAGAGCUCCUUAUCCAAGUGGUAGAAGUGUGCCUAAGAGUGUCUGUGGCCUUCCGGAGAGCGUGAACCCUCUGCUCCAGGUCAAUGGCUCCAGGACUUACUUAGUCUCAUCGUACAUGGAGCAUCGGUCGAGGUCGCAAAUCCGCACAAUAGCUGUAGUGAAACGUACGGAGGCUGUCAGCUAUUCCUGCUUGUUUUGCUGUGAUGAAGAACUCAAGAGUAGCGACGCCAUGCAAGAUAUCCACUCUGACCACUUUGGAUUUAACUUUGGCACGGCAGACAUCUUGUGCUCGGUCCCCGAGAAUUGCUUGACGCUUUCCCAUGUGGCGAUUUACAAGAGGCCUCUAGGGAUCCAGAAGCCGUCUUUUCUCCCCAUUCGGAACCUACAGGAGCGUCGAGAGUCCUUCCCAUACCAGUUUACCGUCUGUAUCUCUGUGAUGUAUGACUACACCAAUGUCCUGCAGUUGGUACAGACCCUGGAGAUGUUCCGACUACUGGGGGCCCAGCACGUAGCUAUCUACAAAUCCAGCUGCAACACAGCCACGCAGAGAGUGCUGGAUUAUUACGUCAAGGAAGGCUUUGUCGAGAUCAUUCCCUGGCCGAUAACGCAGUAUAUUAAAGUGUCACGAGGGUGGCAGCCAUCGGUGUCUCCAGGAGACCUGCAUUACUUUGGACAAAUUGCAGCACUGAACGACUGCGUGUACCGUUUCAUGUACCAGACACAGUAUGUGGUGCUGCAGGAUCUGGACGAGGUCAUUGUGCCGGUCAUGGUGAACAGCUGGACGGAACUGCUGCCUGUGUUGGAACAGAAGUACGGUAGUUACACUAGCUUUGAGUUCGAGAACAACGUGUUCCGGAACACAGUGGGCGGGAGGAACGCGGCGCAGCGGCCGAAGGAGUGGCAGGGCGUCACUGGUGUGGACAUCUUGGAUCACGUUUGGUGCGAGCCGAACGACCCUAACGCAUUCAACAACUUCAAGGUGAUCGUUAAUCCCCGAACAGUAUACCGCACAACGGUGCAUGGCCUUCUGUCGGCGGACAGCACAGGGGUCCGUGUUAAUCGUGAUGUGGCCAGGAAUUACCACAUCAGAGCCCCCUGGCGGCAGGAUGUCAGCAAUGACAAACUUAUACGGGACGAGCGGCUUUGGGAUUAUGCCCCUCGCCUCAUCCCUACUGUUUCAAGUGUGUUAAACAAGACCUCUGCAAAAUAGUGCGCCACUGUUAUACUA